UCCCGCUCGCCGUUAGGGAGGCUCCGCGCCUCAGCUGCUGCCUGGGUUGCCGCUCCCGCCCCUUUUCCCGCGUCUCCUCCGCCGCCGCCGCUGGGGAUAUCCGAGGGUCGUUACCGGGCUGGCCCCGCGCCACAGCCGUCGCUCUAUCUUUCCGCCAGCGGCCGCCUCAGGAAGAGACUCGCUGGCCGCGGAGCCUGCUAGGGCCUCAGUUCUCGCCCUUUUGCCGUCGCCGCGGGUCCUGGAGAAGCGGCCGAGGCCGGGGGACUGGGCUUCGCUGUUCCAACGAUUAACUGCUGAAGUGCUGAUCAAGUUCUGCGUUUCUUCAAUGAGGAACUACAGGCUGAUCUUCUGCCAUAAUCUCAAACAACCAUAAAUGACAAAAAAAUGCUUGCUCAGUGAGGGUAGCUGGUGCAAAAGACAUUUUUUAAACUUAGGUGUUUAAGUACUCAGAGAAAAGACAGCUUUGAUUUCUGGCUGCAAAAAAGAUAUGAGGAAGAGCUCCUCCCCUUCCUUGAGUAACUGCAACUCCGUUCUUGCUAACAAAAUAUUUGGAAUUCCACUUGAUGAGCUGCAGCAGGGAGGACAUCCAGACAAUGAGGUUCCGUUCAUAGUCCGCCACGUUGUGGACUAUAUUGAGGAACAUGGAGGUCUGGAGCAACAAGGACUUUUUCAAGUCAAUGGAAAUGCUGAGACAGUGGAGUGGCUUCGGCAGAGAUACGACAGUGGAGAAGAGGUGGAUUUGGUUAAGGAAGCAGAUGUUCCCUCAGCUAUUAGUCUUCUUAGGUUUUUCCUUCAAGAACUUCCUGAACCUGUUAUUCCUGGCAGUUUGCAUAUUCACUUAAUGCAACUCUCUCAAGAUUAUAAUAAUGAAGAUGAAUUUGGAAGAAAGUUGAGGUUCCUCUUGCAACAGCUUCCACCUGUUAAUUACAGUUUGUUAAAGUUUCUGUGUAGAUUUUUAGCUAAUGUAGCAUCACAUCAUGAAGAAAUUUGGUCUGCAAAUUCUUUGGCUGCUGUCUUUGGUCCAGAUGUCUUUCACAUUUACACAGAUGUGGAAGAUAUGAAAGAGCUAGAAAUUGUAAGCAGAAUAAUGGCGGGACUUCUGGAAAACUAUUAUGAGUUUUUUGAAAAUGAAGAGGAAGAUUUUUUAUCAAAUGAUUUGAGUUCAAUUACUGAACAGGUUAACGAACUUUCUGAGGAAGAAGAUGAAAAGCUGGAACAUAUAGAAGAACUUCCAGAAGAGGGUGUAGAAAAAUCAAAUGACAUGCCAGAAGUGGUACAAUUAAGGAUGACUGAAAAUAUCCUGGAAGCAAAUAGUGUUACACCAUCAACAAGUGCCCAAAUAUCUCCUGCCAGCAUCUUACCAGCCUCUGCAGAGGUUGAUAUUGCUGAUGAUGUUAUUAAUGCCAGUAAUAGUAAUAGAGACUGUUCAGAACCUGUGGCUGGCAGUAACUUAGAAAAUGAAGUUAUGCAGCAAGAUUUUGUAUUUGAAGAUCAAGAAAAUAACCAGUCUGUAGGUAUAAUGUUAGAGCCAUGUAGUGACCAUGGUGAUAGUGAAGAUGGCUAUCUUGAGAGGAAAGAAUAUUUGUUAUUUGAAAAUGAUAAAUUGUCACACUUAAUUCUGGAGUCUAGUAGCAACAUACGUGAUUUGAAUGCUAACACUGAAUCAGAAAUGCCAGGAAGUCAAAGUGUUGGUGUUCAAGGGGAAGCAGCAUGUGUCCAAAUUCCACAUUUAGAUCUGAAGAAUGUUUCUGAUGGUGAUAAAUGGGAAGCGUCAUGCCCUAUCACUUUCCCCCUCAUUGAUUUCAAAACAAUGCAUCUGCAGAGAGAUGGGGAGGAGCCAUUUCCUGCUUUUAAGUCUUGGCAGGAAGAUUCUGAGUCUGGAGAAGCUCAGCUGUCUCCACAAGCUGGAAGAAUGAAUCAUCAUCCUUUGGAAGAGGAUUGUCCCCCAGUACUAUCACAUCGAAGUUUAGAUUUUGGGCAAAGCCAGCGUUUUCUACAUGAUCCAGAAAUGCUAGAUUCUUCAUCUAAAGCACUUUCUUUUGCUCGGAUUCGAAGAUCAUCCUUUGGUUUAAAAGAUGAAAAAAGAGAAGAUAGAACACCUUACCAAUUGGUCAAGAAACUUCAGAAAAAAAUCAGACAAUUUGAGGAACAGUUUGAAAGGGAAAGAAAUAGCAAGCCCUCCUACAGUGAUAUUGCAGCCAACCCAAAGGUUUUAAAAUGGAUGACAGAGCUUACCAAACUGCGGAAGCAAAUUAAAGAUGCAAAACAUAAAGGCUCAGAUGGAGAAUUUGUACCUCAGACACGACCACGUAGCAAUACUCUUCCAAAAAGUUUUGGCUCUUGUCUAGAGCAUGAAGAUGAAGAGAAGGAAGGUGAAGUCAGAGUCAUUCAGAAGGAGAAGAAACAAUCUAAAGAAGUAACUCUUGAACUGAUUCUGAAAAGAUUGAAGGAAAAACGUGUUGAAAGGUGUCUUCCAGAAGAUGUUAAGAAAAUGACAAAAGACCAUUUAGUAGAAGAGAAAACUUCUCUACAGAAAAGUCUACUUUACUAUGAAAGUCAACAUGGAAGGCCGGUGACCAGAGAAGAAAGGCACAUUGUUAAACCUCUCUAUGAUAGAUACAGACUUGUAAAACAGAUGCUGACAAGAGCUAGCAUCACUCCUAUCCUUGGUUCUCCCUCUACUAAGCGACGGGGUCAGAUGUUACAGCCAAUCAUAGAAGGAGAAACUGCACAUUUUUUUGAAGAAAUCAAGGAAGAAGAAGAGGAGGAUAGUGUUAGUUUGUCCUCUGAGUUAAGUGAUAUCUUGAAAACAGCUGUACAGGCACAGUCUUCAUUGGAAAACUCAGAGUCUGAUGUUGAAGAAAAUCAAGAAAAACUAGCUCUGGAUCUUCGAUUAUCAAGUUCCCGAGCAGCUUCUAUGCCUGAAUUACUGGAACAACUUUGGAAAGCCAGAGCUGAGAAAAAGAAACUACGCAAAACAUUACGGGAAUUUGAAGAGGCAUUUUAUCAACAAAAUGGAAGGAAUGCCCAGAAAGAGGAUCGUGUUCCAGUGCUUGAAGAAUACAAGGAAUACAAGAAAAUUAAAGCCAAGCUUAGGCUUCUUGAAGUUCUUAUCAGCAAACAAGAUUCUUCAAAGUCCAUAUAAAAAUACGUUCCUUGAAAAUUCA